UGUCACACAACGCCAUGGCUGUAGAAGAAAAGAGAAGUAUUGCAUGCCGCAGUAUGUUAAUGCGCCGAAGACCCUCCAUGACCUUUGUUGAGCAUGGUUUUUGUUGAGAAAACAGGUGAAAAACUUCGAGGAUCGGAUCAUUCCGACGAGGAGGAACUCGCACGAUUUUGUUAGGAGAACAGCUAACUGAGUUAUUCGCGUUACUUUUUCACCACCAUGGCGAUUACAGCACAGAGGAUCAUCCUCCUGGUUAUCUGCCUCUGCGGCCACCACACCGCCGCUCAGAGAACCACUCUGCCUUGUUACCAGCCCGGGUCGUGCUGCUGGGGAGCUGAAUCCAGUGGCGUUAACGCCGACACAGUCGGACUGCAGCGGAGGCUGGCUAACUUGGAGGCGAGGCAGGCCCAAGUGGAAGCACGGCAGGCUCAGUUGGAGGUGAAACAGGCUGAGAACCCGGUCUCGUGUCCGGAGCCAGAGAUACCAUGUGAAUGGAAACUGGUGUUCAAGAUCGUGUCGAAUGUGAACGAAAGAAGUCACCCACUCUGGAGCGCCGCCGAUACGCCGUCCGACAUGCCCGGGGACCCGGAGGUGGCGGGGCAGGGGCACUACAGGAGCAGGGACGUCGAUGUGUGGGAAACACUGAACGUCACACAGGUGAAGGUGUCUCUGUACACGUUCAGUCCAAAUAUGGAGACUCGGGACAUCAUCUUCAACGGGACAGGGAGUGACAAGAACAGCUGGUUCUCCAAGGACCGGCUCGUGUCUUCGCCAUGGACGGACCUCAAGACUGCAACGACCGACUUCUUUUCCAUAGACGGCGACUGGCAUUAUGCAAUGUAUGGGUCGACGACGAGGAUCUUUGAUAGGCGGUUCCACAUCGCUCUGACCAACAACUGCGCAAGUGAACGCGGCUGGCUGACUGUCCUUGACCAAAACUCAAACUUCUGUACUUGGGAGAGAAGUGAAGACGGCCGCUAUCCUCGCAUCGUGUAUUCUAAGCUGCCCGGAAGCGUCGAUUAUUCGCAAGACUCGGCAAAUGUGGGCAUGGCUGAUGUCAUGGCCAUCUUCAUCAAGACCUGUGACAACUAGCUAGACGUCUCGAUACUCAGCUGAUAUCUGCAUCAGGAACUAACAAAAUUCUGCGGAGAUACGACAUUC